AUUGCAAUUCAAUUGAAUAAAACCGCGCACCAAUUAUUUCAUCAUUUUCUCGAGCUCUGAUCCAAUGGCGGCGGUAGCACCAGCAGUGGACGCCGAGUAUCUGAAGGAAAUAGAGCUGACAAGGGCAGAUCUCCGAUCUGUCAUCUCCAGCAUGAACAUUGCUCCUCUCAUGCUUCGCUUGGCGUGGCAUGAUGCCGGCACGUAUGAUGCCUUUACGAAGACAGGAGGUCCUAAUGGAUCCAUUAGAAAUCCGAAAGAAUACUCGCAUGCUGCCAAUGCUGGAUUGAAAGUUGCAAUUGAUAUUUGCGAGGAAGUAAAAGCCUAUCAUCCAAAAAUUACUUAUGCUGACCUCUACCAGCUUGCUGGGGUUGUUGCUGUUGAGGUCACUGGAGGUCCUAUCAUCGAUUUCGUCCCCGGUAGAAAGGAUUCAUUGGAGUCACCAGAAGAAGGGCGCCUUCCUGAUGCCAAACAAGGUCCAUCUCACCUGAGAAGUGUCUUCCAUAGAAUGGGCUUAACUGACAAGGAUAUUGUGGCAUUGUCUGGAGGCCACACACUGGGAAAAGCUCACAGGGACAGGUCAGGCUUUGAGGGCCAGUGGACAAAGGAGCAUUUGAAAUUUGAUAAUUCAUAUUUUGUGGAGCUUCUUAAAGGAGAUUCUGAUGGCCUAUUAAAACUGCCCACUGAUAAAGCUCUGGUGGAAGAUCCUAAAUUCCGCCAGUAUGUGCUACUUUAUGCCCAGGAUGAAGAGGCAUUUUUCAGAGAUUAUGCAGAGUCUCACAAGAAGUUGUCAGAGCUGGGAUUUACUUCACCACCACCGUCCUCUACUAAGUUGUGCGGGAGAGUUAUCAUUGGAGUUGCAGUAGCCGCAGUUGCAAUCCUAAGUUACUAUUACGCCGACUCGCACUGAACACCCAAAGACUCAAAGAAUAAUACUGUAAAAGGACCAUGAAAUUGUAUAAUCUUUAUAUUGUUUGUUUCUUCCAAUAAAGUUAAACAUGAAUAAAAAUAACCACAUUAUCUCU